AAAGUUCAUAGCAAAAAUUAAACAAAAAAAAAUUUAAAACAUUCAAACAAAAAAAAAAAAAGAAGAAAAAAGAAAAGAAAUUGAAAAAAAUUUCUAGAAUUUUUUUUUUUAUGGCUCAAGCUAUUGUUUCAACCCAAUCAAAGAUCUCCAAAAGGGUAUUUUUUUACGUUUUCAAUCGGCCGUUGAACACCGCCGCCUCCUCCCCCGCCGCUGCCUUCACCGCGGCUACCGCUACCACCUCCCCACCGUCACCCCUUCAUCUCAAUCCUCCAUCUACACCCACCGUUGAUUUCACCGACUCUAGAGCCCUCUUCGGCUCGAUUCCCACCUCCGACCUUCUACACGCCACCGCUACCCUCCACGCCGCCGCCGUCGGCCCCGUCGUCGACGUUGGAAUGUGGGUUAUGAAUUCUAAAUUGAUGGACGUUGAGUUGUUUCGUGAUGUGGUUUUGGGUACGGUUAAGCAUAGUUUUUACCGGCAUUUUUGUGCCGGUGAGGACGAUACGUCCGUCGCUAAAACCGUUCGACGGUUGCACGAUGUUGGGUUGAGAAGUAUGCUUGAUUAUGCUCUUGAAUAUGCCGAUGACGAAGCCUCCUGUGAUCGGAAUCUUGAUGGCUUUCUUUCUACCGUCGAAGCAACUAAAUCCCUCCCAUCUGGUUCUGCGAGUUUUGUGGUGACAAAAGUGAGUGCGAUUUGUCCAUUGAGAUUGCUGGAGAGAGUUAGUGAUUUGUUAAGAUGGCAACAAAAGAACCCGAGUUUCAAUCUUCCAUGGAAGCUUCAAACUUUGCCAAUUUUCUCUGAAUCAAGUCCACUUUAUCAUACUCUUGAACAACCAGAACCCUUGACACGUGAAGAAGAAAAGAGUCUCCAAAUGAGCCACGAAAGGCUCAUGAAAAUUUGCCAAAGUUGUGUUGACGCCAAUGUUCCUUUAGCCAUUGAUGCUGAACAUACUAAAGUUCAACCAGCCAUUGAUUACUUCACUUAUUCAGCUGCCAUUAUUCACAACAAAGACCGUAAUCCUAUAGUUUAUGGAACCAUUCAAGCUUAUCUAAAAGACGCAAAAGAUAGGCUUUUGUUAGCUAACAAAGAGGCUUCCAAGUUGAAGGUUCCACUUGGGAUUAAGCUUGUGAGAGGUGCUUAUAUGUCAAGUGAAUCCAAACUUGCUUCUUCUCUUGGCUUUGAAUCUCCAAUUCACGAUACCAUUCAAGAUACACAUUCGUGUUACAAUACUUGUGCUUCUUUCUUGCUUGACGACAUCGCCAAGGGUUCGACCGGAGCUAUUCUUGCAACCCAUAAUGUUGAAUCAGGAAAACUGGCAGCUAGCAGAGCAUACGAGAUAGGGAUUGGAAAGUUGAAGCAAAAGCUUGAGUUUGCUCAAUUGUAUGGAAUGUCAGAAGCACUUUCUUUUGGGUUGAGAAAUGCAGGGUUUCAAGUGAGUAAAUACAUGCCAUUUGGACCUGUGGAUAUGGUAAUGCCAUACCUUUUGAGGAGAGCUGAGGAGAAUAGAGGUCUCUUAUCAGCUUCAAAUUUGGAUAGAGAACUAAUGAGAAAGGAGUUGGGAAGAAGGAUGAAAGAGUACAUAAGCUAAAAGAAAAAGAAAGGGCUUUCUAGGAAUACUUCAACAAACAUACAACAAAAACCAAGAUUAUUAUUUGCAAUUUUUUGUUUAUAGGAUUAGACAUACUUUUAAACUUUACUCCUUUCCUUCUGUUACUAUCCACAUGUGUUUUCUACUUUUAAAUUUGUAUCAUUAUCUAUUCUACCACUCAAAUAAUAGGACCUUUAUAAUUGAAUUAGUAAGUUGUAUGUAAGUUGUUGUGUCUCCAUCUCAUGUAAAAACAAAUUAGAUGAUGAUAUAUAAGAAUAAAAAUUUAGUUGUCACAAAAAGAACAAAA